AGAGUGUGCUUAUAUGUGCAUAAUAUCUAGCUACUUUAUUCUGGUGAAAUUUCAAAUGAACUCUUCACACCAUUCACACCAGAAAUGUUCAUCAGGUACUCUGGGAGAAAAAAAGAUUAAAAUCUAAAAAAAAAUCAUGUUCCACUAAGAACUUCUCUAAACCUAAUUUAAUUCCACAUUUUUUUUAGAGGAUUCCAAGUUUCUGAAUUCAUAUUCAUUGAUCUUUUUUGAACCCGAUUUAGACCACCAGAGGGUCAUAGGGAAGAAUAAAAGGAAUAUAGUUGCCUCCAUGUAUGAAGUUCGGCAUCUUUCAUAUGCCCUCUCAAGAAAACUUUGCACAUAGCUCACAAGACCAACAGCAAAUUUAGGCAAUGCUUGAGCCCAACCAAUUAGUUAACACUCGUAUGCGGGAAGGUGGUUCUGUUACUACUCAUAUCAAUGUUUUCAAUACCAUUAUAUCCCGUUUGCUAUCAGUAGAUAUCAAAUUUGAUGAUGAGGUACAAGCUUUGCUUCUUUUAUCUUCUUUACCAGAUAGUUGGGCAGGAUCAGUCACGGCUAUAAGUGGUUCAGCUGGAAACACCACACUCACGUUUGAGGGAAUCCGUGAUUUUAUCUUAGGAGAAGACAUCAGGAGAAAGAAUACAGAGGACACAGUCGAGUCCUGGAUUAUGGACUCAGGUGCGUCGUUUCAUGCUAUCUCUAGUUCGAGAAAGAUGAAGAAUCUCAGACAAGGCAACUUUGGUACUGUAAGUCUUGCUAAUAAUCAAACGCUGGAUAUUACUGGGGUGGGAGAUAUUGACUUAAAAACCAACUUGGGAACAAUUUGGACAUUGAAAGAUGUCAGGGUUGAGUUUGACACAGGAGCAGAAAAUCAGGGAGCUAAACUAGUUCCUGAACCGGUUUCCGAACAAGAAACUGGAACAAUUGUGGACACAGUUCCAGAGCUUGAAGUCGGUGGAAAUGAUAAGUCAGAGGUAGCUUCUGACAGUGGGAGUUCGGAGUCUGAAGAUGAACAAUCCCCAUCUGACCACACUGAUCAGUGGAG